AUGUCAGAGGAGACUUCAACUGAACGAGGCACCAAUAACAGGGAAAAUAAAGUUCUAGAAUCCUCAGAAGGCUCCAAUCGUGGAGGAGUAUCUGACAAGACAGAAAAACAGAAAGGGGCUGCUGCUGAUGAAGUUCCAUAUUUUAAACUGUUGUCUUUUGCUGAUCCCAUAGAUCAUGCAUUGAUGAUUGUUGGUAUGGUCACAGCUGUUGGUAGUGGAAUCUGUUUUCCCCUGAUGGCUGUACUGUUUGGGGAGUUAGUUGAUUCAUUUGGAAUGGCCGUGGAUAGCGAAAAAAUUGUUGGUGAAGUUUCAAAGGUAGCCCUUAAAUUCAUGUAUCUGGCUCUCGGUUCAGGUCUUGCUACAUUUACCCAGGUGGCGUGCUGGACGGUCACAGGCGAAAGGCAGGCUGCUCGGAUCAGAUGUUUAUACCUGAAAACUGUAUUAAGACAAGAUAUUGGAUUUUUCGAUCAGGAGACUAACACUGGUGUUAUUAUUGAAAGCCUGUCCACUGAUACUCUUACUAUUCAAGAUGCCAUCGGCGAAAAGGUUGGAAAAUUUAUCCAGGUAUCUGCUACAUUCGUAGGAGGAUUCGUAAUAGCUUUUACUAAGGGGUGGCGCUUAUCGUUGGUCAUGUUAUCUUCGAUUCCUCCACUUGUCAUCUCUUCCGCUGUCAUGACUAUCCUUCUAGCAAAACUGGCAUCACGCGCGCAGACUGCUUAUUCAGAAGCUGCAACUGUGGUUGAACAGACAAUAAGCUCAAUUAGAACUGUUGCGUCGUACACUGGAGAGAGAAGAGCUAUUUCGGAAUAUCAAAGUUCACUAAACAAAGCUUACCAUUCUGGUGUACAGGAGGGUUUUGCUUCAGGGCUCGGGCUCGGUGCUUUAAUGUUUGUUUUCUACACAAGUUAUGCUUUAGCAAUAUGGUAUGGCGCAAAAAUGAUUUUGGACCACAACUAUACUGGAGGAGAUGUAAUGAAUGUCAUUAUGGCUACACUGACUGGCUCCUUGUCUUUAGGAUUCGCAUCUUCAUGCUUGCGAGCGUUUGCUGCUGGAAAGGCUGCAGCGUUUAAGAUGUUUCAGACGAUAAGCAGAAAGCCGGACAUAGAUCCUUAUGAUAUGAAAGGACAAAAACUUCAGGACAUUAGUGGUGACAUUGAACUUAGGGACAUUCAUUUCUGCUAUCCAUCAAGACCACAAGAGAGAAUAUUUGAUGGUUUUUCUGUAUCAAUACCUAAGGGAACAACCACAGCUCUAGUAGGUCGAAGUGGAAGUGGAAAAUCGACUGUGAUCAGUCUAAUAGUGAGGUUCUAUGAUCCACAGGCUGGUGAAGUUCUGAUUGAUUGUAUAAAUAUCAAGGAAUUUCAGCUUAGGUGGAUCAGGGGGAAAAUCGGCCUUGUUAGCCAGGAACCUGUGCUGUUUGGUUCGACGAUAAAGGAUAAUAUUGCCUACGGAAAGGAUAAUGCAACUCUUGAGGAAAUUAAAGCUGCUGUUCAACUUGCCAAUGCAUCCAAUUUCAUUGAUAAAUUACCUCAGGGACUAGAUACGAGAGUUGGCGAUCAUGGAAGUCAGUUAUCCGGAGGCCAAAAGCAAAGAAUCGCUAUUGCAAGAGCUAUACUGAAGGACCCCAAAAUCUUACUUCUGGAUGAAGCUACCAGUGCUCUUGAUGCAGAAUCCGAGAGAAUUGUUCAAGAGACGUUGGACAGUAUUAUGAUCAACCGAACUACAGUAAUUGUUGCACAUCGCUUGAGUACAGUUAAGAAUGCAGAUACAAUAGCUGUACUUCAGGAGGGAAAAAUCAUCGAAAAAGGUUCCCACUUGGAACUGAUGAGAAACAAGGAAGGAGCAUAUGUUCAGCUUAUAAAGUUGCAAGAGCUUAGCAAAUAUUCAGGAGAGGAAGAUUCAAAUGAACUGGAGAGAGAAGAGAUAGUCAUAAGUCCCAAAGACCAAUCAAAUCAGCAGAUUUUCAUGACACGAUCAGUAAGUAGGGGCUCGUCCAGGAUUGAGAAUAAUAGCCAUCAUUCGUCGUCCAUUUCAGUUAGUGCAGCAGAGAAAGCAGUUGGUGAAUGUCAUGAUCCUAAUUCAACAGCUGUAUUAAGGAAGGAUAAAGACAACACGUUUUGUCGCUUGGCCUUAAUGAACAAACCAGAGAUCCCAGCAUUAUUAUUUGGUUGCAUUGCUGCAAUAGUCAACGCUCUAAUAUUACCUAUUUUCGGGGUACUUCUUUCUAACGUUAUCAAGACUUUCUACGGACCAGCCCAUGAACUAAGAAAGCAUUCAAGAUAUUGGUCAUUGAUAUUUGUUGGUCUAGGAUUGGCAUCUUUACUAGCAACACCCUUGAGGACAUUCUUUUUUGCUGUAGCAGGAUGUAAGUUAAUCAAACGAAUUCGCUUAAUGUGCUUCGAGAAAGUAGUUUACAUGGAGGUUAGUUGGUUCGACAGAAAGGAGAACUCGAUUGGUGCAAUUGGCUCACGACUAUCUACAGAUGCAGCAUCUGUUCGAGGUAUGGUUGGCGAAUCACUUGCUUUGCUUGUGCAGAACACUUCAACAGCUCUUGCUGGUUUAGUUAUUGGACUUGAAGCAAGCUGGCAAUUGGCACUCAUAAUGAUAGUUAUGGUGCCUCUAAUCGGAUUAAAUGGAUAUCUUCACAUGAAAUACGUUAGUGGUUUUGGCGCGGAUGCUAAGAAAUUAUACGAGGAUGCUAGUCAAGUUGCUAGUGAAGCAGUUGGAAGUAUCAGAACUGUGGCUUCUUUCUCUGCUGAAGAGAAAGUGGUGCUGUUGUAUAAAAAAAAAUGUGAAGGUCCAGUUAGAGCUGGAAUAAAAGAAGGGCUAUUGAGUGGUGCAGGCUUUGGUUUUUCGAUGUUCUGCUUGUAUUCUGUCUAUGCUGCCAGCUUUUAUGCUGGUGCUCGGUUGAUUGAGUCCGGUAAGGUCACAUUUGCUGAGGUUUUUCGGGUUUUUUAUGGUCUUAGCUUGACAGCUACCGCGAUUUCUCAAUCAGGCGGCCUUGCUCCCGACUCCACCAAAGCCAAAACUGGUGCAUCUUCUAUCUUUACACUUCUUGACCGGAAAUCCAAGAUAGAUUCGAGUGAAAACUCAGGUAUUACAUUAGAAAAUGUGAAAGGAAACGUCGAGUUUCAGCAUGUCAGUUUCAACUAUCCAAGUCGACCUGAGACUCAAGUCUUAAAAGAUCUAUGCCUAGCCAUUAGCUCUGGGGAGACGGUUGCUCUAGUGGGAGAAAGUGGGAGCGGAAAAUCAACAGUUAUUUCCUUGUUGCAAAGAUUUUACGAUCCGGAUUCAGGCCUAAUCACAUUAGAUGGAAUGGAAAUUCAAAAGCUGAAGGUGAAAUGGUUGAGAGAACAAAUGGGACUAGUAAGCCAGGAGCCUAUAUUGUUCAAUGGCACAAUCAGAGCCAAUAUAGCAUAUGGAAAAGAAAGUGAUGCCACAGAAGCAGAAAUAUCAGCUGCUGCUGAGUUAGCCAACGCUCACAACUUCAUCAGCGGCUUACAACAGGGCUAUGACACACUAGUUGGUGAAAGGGGCACACAACUAUCUGGUGGACAGAAGCAGAGAGUUGCAAUUGCAAGAGCUAUAGUGAAGUGUCCAAAGAUAUUACUACUAGAUGAGGCGACAAGUGCACUUGACUCUGAGUCUGAGAAAGUAGUUCAAGAUGCACUUGAUAGAGUAAGGUCAGGAAGAACCACAAUUGUGGUGGCUCAUAGACUAUCCACAAUUAAAGGAGCUGAUGUUAUUGGAGUGAUCAAAGAUGGAGUCAUUGUGGAGAAAGGAAAUCAUGAAACUCUGGUUAAUAGACAAGAUGGUGUUUAUGCUUCUCUAGUAUCAAAUUCUGCUACCACUAUGAAGUAGUACGAAAAAGGACAGAUCUGUGUACAAAGCAUCCCGCGUUCAUACAGGCUCCACGAAGGGCCGCACCCAAUGUUGUGUGAUAUAGUCAUAUAGGCAGUCUACCCUGAUGCAAGAAUCAGUGGCUAAUUCCACGGCUUGAACCGUGACCUAUAGGUCACGCGGAGACAAAUAUGAAGCAGUACAUUUAUUUAUUUUUUGUUUAUAAUAAUGGUGUGUUGUCCAACUUACAUGUACCUCGAAUAUUUCAUUAGAUGUUUGCUACCUCUUACGAAUGAAGCA